GGCAACGUUAGUGCCCGAUUUCGCUCUCCCGGAAAAAAUCAGUUUUAAAGCCACUAAAAUGGCGGUGACAAUUACGAAAUUUCGAAAUUCGAGUGGAGAACUGGUGUCUGCGCCGCCCUCUUUGGUUUUCCGCCAGAAAACACUGGAUCCCCAGCUGAUAACAAAGAAACCGUUCGCAAAACUUGAGCCGGGAAAUGCCACAGUGAGGAUCUCUUCAGGGGGCAUCGUUCUUAACAAAAUACCUGCUAUUAUAAGGCCCAGUAUGAAGAGAGCAGCGCCAUCGACGUCAUCGGGAGUCAGCACCGCGGGAGCAACAACAACAGCACCAGCUGGUACAGUGGGAUAUCCCCCAUCCAAGACGCCCAGGUAUGUCAUUCAAGCCAUUCCAAGUGGAUCUAACCAACUGCAAUUGCAAGCGAGGAAGGAUUCGCAAUCUCUGGGGGUGGCCAUCAAUUCACUGCCUCCAAAUACGAUCAUAAAAGCCACGACAAGACCAUCACAAGCUGCACCUUUGAAUCCGGUCCCUGCGUUGGUCACGUCGACACCAUCCACACCGAGUAGUAGCCGGAGCUCCGCUCAAUCCAAUCCAACUGUGGCCGCUGACUCCAGAGUUUCCUCCGCAGUGCGACAGGCUGUGUUCAUUAAAAGGGAGCUGCCCCAGGCGCAGAGGAGUACGAGGAGUCUGACUCUGGGUUUGGUGGAGCAAGCGCCACUCCUUCAUCUGGGUGUGGCUCCAGAGCACCUGUCACUGCUUAAACGACAUGUCUGCCGCAGUGCCAAUGUCACCCACCUGGACUGCUGUAUUACCUUGAGGAAACUGCGGCAGAACGAACCUUUUGCCCUGCUGGCCGAGCACUUUGAGCUGAGUGAAUCGGAUGCCGAGGACUCGUUCAAGCGCACGCUUAUCAAGCUGGCCCGCUUCCUGCGACCACUUAUCCGCUGGCCAGAUGCUCGGCACCACAACGAGCGGCUCAAGCACACGCCACUGGACUACCGGGCCCAUCUGCUGCACGUCCGCUCGCUGAUCGAGUGUGUGGAAACGGAUGUGGCGGAGGAUCACGGACUGGGCAGUGACAGCUACAAGUUCAUAUUGUGCAUUAAUACGAAUGGCAUCAUCAGCUAUGUGUCCAGCGCUUUCCCCGGUAAUUGCGACGAUCUUCAGUUGUUCGAGGCCAGCAGAUUUCGGGAUGUCAUACCCAAGUACCUCACAUUGUGCGCGGAACCUGGCAAAGCAGUUCCACAUGCUCGCAGAACGGGCAUGGAAGAUCCCCACGACUCGGCGGAUGAGGAUGACUACCAGGCGGCGGAGGACCCAAAGCGAUCGCUGAGCAAAUUUGAGGCCCAGCGUUUGGGGGGGCAGUUGGCCAACCAGCAAUCCCUAACCGUUGUGGAUGGAGUUCUGACCUCAAAGCGAGCUCCUUCCGUUCAACUGCCCACGUUCAAGGCCCAAGAACCCGCCUGCAGAGCCCAAAUGCGGGAUAUGAUCAAUGUCAUCAGGGAAUUCCGGAUGCUCGGCCAUUCGGCUAUUCAUCAGAAGUCGUUGCUGGGAUAUCUCGAUGAAAUGAUCGUAGUGGCUGCAGCUCUUUGUAACCUUAAGCGACAGGAGUUGCACUCUUAAUUAUUACCUAGUUACUGUGAGUAAAAGGAAGGCCUGUUUUAGGGUCAGAUUAUUAAUUAUUUUUUAAAUUUUCUCUUGAAUUAUUAAAUACCUAUUUUUUUAAAGAAUUUAAAAUAU